UUUCCAGGCUCUCCGAGCGCGAUGUCUACAGCUCCCACCGGCAAUGGGGUGUUUGUCGUCACCCCGCCAAGCAAUGCCAGUGGCCUCCACCCACCUCCAGCCAUUCUGCCCACGUCCAUGUGCCAACCUCCAGGGAUUAUGCAGUUUGAGGAGCCACUGCCGGGGGCACAGACACCAAGGGCCACACAGCCACCUGACUUACAGCCAGAGGAGACAUUCCUGACAGGAGAGCCCAAAGUUUUGGGGACGGUGCAGAUCCUGGUCGGCCUCAUCUACCUGGGCUUUGGCAGCGUGCUGCUCAUGGUUCGCCGCGGGCACGUGGGCAUGUUCUUCAUCGAGGGCGGUGUCCCCUUCUGGGGAGGAGCCUGCUUCAUCAUCUCCGGAUCCCUCUCAGUGGCAGCCGAGAAGAACCACGCCAGCUGCCUGGUGAGGAGCAGCCUGGGCGCCAACAUCCUCAGCGCUAUGGCGGCCUUUGCUGGGACAGCCAUUCUGCUCAUGGAUUUUGGUGUUACUAACUGGGAUGUGGACAGGGGCUAUCUGGCUGUGCUUACUAUCUUCACCAUCCUGGAGUUCUUCAUCACAGUCAUUUCCACUCACUUCGGGUGCCAAGCCACCUGCGCCCAGGUCAACGCGCCCGUGAUCUUCCUGCCAAACGCCUUCAGCGCAGACUUCAACAUCCCCAGCCCGGCAGCCUCUCCACCCCCUGCCUAUGACAAUGUGGCAUAUGCCCAAGGAGUCGUCUGAGUAGCAGAUGUGGCACCUGCGGGUGGAGUCCAGCCUUUUCCCUCUGGGCGCAGCCUCUCCCCACCCCCACGUUGUUCAUCAGGGGCCAGCCCCAUCCCAGCUGCCCUCCCUCACCACGUCCACACACACUCCGGCGUCUGAGUGAAGCAUGCCUAGGGACGUCUCUCCCACACUUUCCCAGUGGUUUCCUUCUAAAAGACACCAGGCUGAUGUCAGGGGUGUGCGUCCUUCAGCUCCCCAAGCCCCAUCACCCUUCCAGGGACACCCGCCUUGUGCAUCUAAGCAUUUCUCUGCUCACUGGGGAAAUCCUGGCCUCAUUGGAGACUCAGGUUCGAGGCCUGCCCCCGACCCUCAGGCCUCGGGGAGGUCAUUAAGUUCAGAGAGCCCGGAAACCUCCAGAAUGGAAGAGUCUGACUCAGGCAUUCCACAGAGGUGCAGCUACCAGACCAAGGCCUCACAGCAGGGCAGUGGCCUGACCGCAGGUCUCCUGGCCCCAAGAUCAGCUCCGUCCUUUGUCAUCUGUUGCCACAUCCAUGGACCUCAGGUUUCCCAUUUGGAAACUAGAAU